GGCCUGCAGUGAGGUCACCGGCAACGGGCGGCUCUGGCGCAGGGGCGGCGACGCGGCGUGGUCACUGCGGGGCGCACGGAGGGACGGCAGCGCUGUCAGACCCGAGUUGCAGGGGCUGGAGAGCGGCCGCGGGAAUACAGCACCUCCAGUUGACCAGGAGCUCCGGGAGGGCCGGGGGUUGUCCCACCCGCUCGCUGCCCUGCCCCAGCCCUGGCCUGAGUUGAAUCAAGGACCAACUGCUCUCCACAUCCCUGCUCCCACUCUGCACUCUGGCCCCCGGCCAUGACGCCCCUGCUCGCCCUGUUCCUGGUGGCCCUGGUGGGCCUCCCUGUGGCCGCAGCUCUGGACUGCCACGUGUGCGCCUACAACGGGGAGAACUGCUUCAACCCCAUGCGCUGCCCGGCCAUGGUCUCCUACUGCAUGACGACGCGCACCUACUACACCCCGACCAGGAUGAAGGUGAGCAAGUCCUGCGUGCCCAGCUGCUUUGAGACCGUGUACGACGGCUACUCCAAGCACGCAUCCACUACUUCCUGCUGCCAGUAUGACCUCUGUAACGGCGCUGGCCUUGCCACCCCUGCGACUCUGGCCCUGGCCCUUAUACUCCUGGCCACCCUCUGGGGUCUGCUCUAAACCCAGGGAGGGGAAAGCGCUGAGCAGCAUAGCCCCACCCUCUCCCCCCGUACCCCCCCCCCCCCCGUCUGCCCUCCCCGGACCCCCCAGCCAAACCCAGGACUGUCUGCAAGAGGACUCUUGACCUCCCCCAGCCACCCUGAGGUCUGCUUCCUGUUUGUGAUCUGGUUUCCUAAAGGCUGAUGUGGGACUACACCUCCCCAAGCUUCUGGCUUUGACGAUGCAGAUAAGCCUCUCCUCAUUCAAGGACUGGGACGUGGGCACACUGUGCUGUUGGCCCAGGAACACUGAUUUGAAGGGGCCCUUUAGUCCCUCUGCCUUGUAGGUGUGCUGGAGGGGGUGGGACGAUCGGGACCGAGGGUUGGGGGCCGGUUCCAGGAAGCAGGCUCUCCGGGGCUGCAGGAGGGCUGCCUGGGGCGGAGAGGGCUGGAGGUCGGAGGGAGGCAGGCCUGGGCCCCUGGGCUGUGCCCUCGUUCCAAGCAGCCCUGGCAGGGGAGGGACUAGCUCGGCCUGAAGAGGCCCCCGAGGGCCCUCCCGAUCCGGCGCUGGGCCCCUGCGCAGAACGUGGGUCCGGAUAGAUCAGGCUAUAUUUGGUGGAGCUUGAGAGCUGAUCCCGGGGCUAUUUUUGGGCCAGGAGGGAAGGGUGCUGAGCCGCAGCCACCCGAAGCCUGGCCUCCUGCCCUAAGCAGGCCUGGCGGAGGGCGCCCUUUUACAGAGUGAACUCUUGCCCGGUGCCGGAAAGGAUUCACCCUGCCCUGUCGGACACGCGGGGGAGGGAGCGACGCCCUCUCUGGGAGGCUCGGCCGCACCGGCGAGGGCGGGCUGGGCCAGCCGGAGAGGAGGGGAAGGCAGUCUUCGGGAGGCCCGGGAGGCCGAGGACGGGAGGAGGGAUCACAGCAGAAGGAUCGGGCCGUGCUCCCUCCGCGCGCAGCGGGCAUUUCCACGCCCCUGGCCGCGGGCGAUCGCAACAGGGUCCUGACUGUAGGGGAGCAUGGCGCGCCGGCCUCGGUCCCGAAGGCCAUGCCAACUCUGACCCUGCCCGCGGGGCGGGCGAGAGCUCUGCACCGGCUGGAGCUCUUCUGCCUCAUCCCUAGCAGCGCCUCUCAGCUGCCCCCAGAUCACGCUGGGCCUCGAGAUUCCCAGGGGCCCAGAAAGACAGAGUCGCUUCGGACUCCUUAUGACCCACAGACUGUAGCCCCCCAGGCUCCUCUGUCCUUGGGAUUCUCCAGACCGAGAAUACCGGAGUGGGUUGCCAUGUCCUUCUCUAGGGGAUCCUCCUGACCCAGGAAUGGAACCUGGGUCUCCCUCAUUGCAGGCAGACUCUUUUACCUUUUGAGCCACCAGGAAAGCCCAGGGACCCAAGAAAGCUUAUCAUUUAAAGGGUACCCACCCCAGGUGAGCCCCACCCCUCCAGGUUGCAGAAGCCCGGGUCUGUCCACGGGAGGGGGGGGCCGAGGGGCAGGAGCGCCUUCCAGCUGGCACAGCCCACACCCCUCAACCCUUGGGGGUUGUCCCUGGAGCUCAGAAGCUUUGGCUGCUAAGCAUGGCCCCUGUCAGGGGGACCUGUGCUGGAAAUUCUUUCCUGCAAGCUUCCCUCUGAGACCCCCAGACGUCAGGAACCUGGACGCUCUGGAGAAGCCGGCGCAGGAAGUCCUUAGCUGGGGCUGGGUUGGACUUCGCAGAGGGCCACGAAGCAGAAGGACCGCACCCAAAGGAGCGGCGGGCAGGGGAGUGCUCAGCCCAGGGAGCAACCGGGUGCCCCGCCUAGUCUUUGUGAGCCCCUCCCUGGAGGAGGCUAGGAGGAAGCCUGACCACCCCACCCCCAGCUCCUCUUCCCAAAGCCCCCCAGGAGUGGGCCACUUCAGGGAGGAGACCAAACCCCCGGCUGCACGUGCAGGCUGAUAGCGGGGGCAGCCACCGGGCAGACUGACUCAGCAUGAGAGGCCUGGGAAGCUGGGUCACUGACUGCUUGUGCAAGCGCUUUGUCCCGGGUCUAGUGGCUCCUCAGCUAGACUGGGUCCUCCCUCCCCCCGCCCGGUCCCAGCGAGGAUGUAGUGGAGCCCUGCCUGGCCCCGUGUGGGCUCUGGGGCCGUUGGGAGCCGGGAGCCAGUGGCGGCUGAGAGUGCUGUGUUGGGGGCCGGGGGGAGCAUCUUACUCCUGCCUCCUGCAUCCAUCUGUCCACGCUGACCUGGGCCCAUGCCAACGCCCAUAGCACUGCGCCAGCGCCGGGGACCAGUCUGCCCACACCACCCCCACAGAUGGUUCUGCCUGGCUUGGGGAGAAACCCAGCACAGAGCCGAGGGAAGGUGUUCCACUCCUGCCCAGGCCCGGCCCCCUGGUGGGAAGUACGUGGCUCUGCAAAGGCAGGAGCACCAGCGGGGUCCUUGGAAGUCAAACAGGUAAACUUGCCGGGACUGAAGGUUAGUAACUAACAGCUGCCAGUUUCCCUGCAGUUGUGGCUCUAAGCACUCCAGCACAGCCCUACACGUAGGAGCCGUCACCUGCCUCUUUCACAGAUCGGGAGACUGAGAGAGAGAGAUGAAGUGGCUGCCCCAGGUGGGCUGGACUUCCUGCCCCCCUCCACCGCACCCCCGGCCCACCCCGAUCCCCACGACCCCGCCCCACCAUGCAGUUUCUUCUCCCAUCAGCUGGGAGAGAAAGGGGAAGCUGGGAAGGUGGGUUAAUAAGUUUAAGAGGAUUUUAGCAUGUAAAGUAAUUAUAACAGCUUCAGGUCAAGAAAGCUUAGAAAGAGAACGUUGGCACGAGAUGUGAGAAACCUUAAACGCCACAGUCAAGGGGUUCCGCCCUGUGUGUGAGCGCUGGACCGAGGUGGAAAGCAAAGAGGAGGGCAGAGGGGUGCCCAGCACCGCAGGCUUGUCUGGCCCAGACCCCUUCCCCCCGUGUCAGGGCUGUGGGUCCCCAACAGAAACGAGAGCCUCACGGGGCGGGCGGUGCGCGAGCUCAUCCUUGCAGCUCUUGGCGGCAUCUCAAGUCCGGAAGCAGCCUGCACGUCCCAGUAGCAGCUGCCUGAGCAGGUGAGGCCCUCUGUGGACCGCCCUCCCUGGGCUCCUGCGCCAUCCAUCCGUCUGGAGUCCAGCUGAGAAGCUGGUGCCAGAGCUUUGACCCAGAAACUGGACUGGUUCUGGCGCCAUCACGUAAGGAGGGCGUGGGUGCCCCUGUGGCUGGUGCCUGGGUGUGGACGACGCUCCAGAGGGGAAGUCGGACAGUUGCUUCUCCUCCUCCCUUUGUAGCGUGUGAUUUGUGGUGAGGAAAUGUGUCUCUUCAUGAUUCUAACCCUCUGAGAAAGGUGAAAAGAAACUGAAAGGCCUCUCUCCUUUCUAUCGCAGUCCCCCCGCCCCCACCAAAUUUGUUGGGUCCUGUCGCUCAGGCUGACCUGCAGCUGCUUGUUCACAUCUCCGAGCCUCAGUUGUCCUGUGGUUAAAGUGAGGACAAUAGCGCCCACCAAACUGGGGCUUGGUGAGAGUGAGGGAGGCUGUGGCUGUAAGUGCCCACCCCGGGCUCGGCACACCGGAGGCCCCAGGGGGAUGAAUGGACGGACAGAUGAACGGAUGGUGCCUUUCCCCUUCAGUCCACUUGCUGAGGUCCAGGCACUUCCCAGGCCCACGCCCCAAGCCCUGCGGCUAUGGGGCAUGGAAUAGCCUUCAGGCUAUGGCCCCCCACUAUGUACUCCUCAAGCCAGUGAAUAAAUGGAUGAGUACGUGUA